GAUUCCCCUCUCUAUAAAAGACGAAAGGGUUCUUAAGAGUUUUAUUCGUCAAACAACUAGAAAUAAAAAAAAACAAUGCCGACUCAAAAAAGCUUAUCGAUCCCUUUAAUGGUCAAGAAAAAACUCGCCGAAAUGGUGAAACCCCCAAAACUCAUACCUUCACAUACUCUUUCCCUUUCAACACUUGACAAUGCUCCUUACAACGAAGUUAUGUACAAGAUGUGUUACGUUUUCAAACCCAGGAACGUCGGUUAUGAUGAUAACCAGCCGGAUUAUUUGGUUAGGGAGGCUUUAUCUGUUCUUCUUGGCUACUACUACCCACUUUCAGGGACUUUGAAGCGGAGGGACACUGAUCGGAAGCUUCAGCUGAAUUGUGGCAGCGACGGAGGCGGUGUGGCGUUCACGGUGGCUACUGCUAACGUAGAGCUUUCUUCUUUGAAGUAUCUAGAGAACAUUGACUCAGAUAUGGCCUUGAAGUUUUUGCCAGAGGUUCAAGUGGAUAAGGAUGGUUAUCCACCUUUUGCGUUGCAGGUGACCAACUUUAAAUGUGGAGGAUUCAUCUUAGGGGUUGCUCUGCCGCAUUCAAUGUGCGAUGGAUUUGGAGAGGGACAUAUCAUGUGCGCCUUGACAGAGUUGGCCGGCGGAAAGAAUAUGCCGACGGUGACACCGGUUUGGGAAAGAGAGAGACUGGUGGGAAGGCCUAAAGACAACGAUCAAGUUCCCUUUGUUCCCGAAGGCGAUACGGCUACUUCACCCUACCUACCGACUGAUGAUUGGGUAACUGAGAAAAUAAGUAUCAGAGCUGAGAGCAUAAGAAGACUGAAAGAAGCUACACUGAAAGAGUAUGACUUCUCUAAUGAGGCACUCACUACUUUCGAAGUUAUAGGAGCUUAUUUGUGGAAGUCAAGAGUUAAAGCUCUGAGUUUGGAUCGAGAUGGAGUCACAUCUUUGGGUUUAGCUGUAGGAAUCCGAAACACAGUGAAUCCACCUUUGCCAGACGGAUACUACGGUAAUGCAUACAUAGACAUGUAUGUAUCAUUAACCGUUAAAGAAGUGGAAGAGUUUACCAUCUCUGACAUCGUGAAGCUCUUAAAACAAGCAAAAAGAAAGGCUCACGAUAAAGAUUAUCUCCUAGAAGAGCUUGCCAACACUGAAAGUAUCAUCAGUAUGAAUUUAAUGAUCAAAGGUAGAUUUUGUUUGACGGACUGGAGGAACAUUGGUAUUUUUGGAUCGAUGGAUUUCGGGUGGGGUGAGCCGGUGAAUAUUGUCCCGGUGGUCCCACCAGAGAUAGCCAGAAUUCUUGGUAUCGUCAUGCCAGCGUCGAGGUUAGAACCUUCGAUGGUCGGAGGAGUUCAAGUCAUGAUUACGUUGCCAAGAGCUGCAAUGGUUAAGUUUAAAGAAGAGAUGAAUUCUGUAAACUGAAACUUCUUUCUUUGAUAUGGGAAUCUCAAUAAAUUAAUAUCAAUAAGUAAUAAUCUUUACACAAAAA